AUGGAAGAAUUGACGGAAGCCUACAAGAAACAUUCGAAGGAGGGGACGGCACCAUCUCUACCCGAAUGCUGCCGCCUUCUUCACGCUGCCAUUGGUUGUUUUUCAAAGACCUACCUGGUCAUUGAUGCCUUAGAUGAAUGCGCUGAAGACGCUAGGGAUAUAUUGUUUGCGGAGCUCCGGAAAACGAAGCCUCUGAUCAGUAUCCUUAUCACCUCACGGCAUACUUUCAGCGACCAUUUUGAUUCAGAAAGUGCAUUACGCCUAGAAAUCGAAGCCAAUGUAUUUGAUAUCAGACAGUACCUCGAAGAACGCAUAAUAGAAUCAAGGGUACUGCAAGCGCACAUAAAGAAAGACAAGAAUCUCCAUGAGCUCAUCAUAUCUGGCAUUGUCAACAAAGCUAAAGGAAUGUUUCUACUUGCCCGCCUGCAUUUGGAUUCUCUGAUGGCCAAGACUACACUGCGCAAAGUGAAGACCGCCUUAGGCUCCUUGCCCGAAGAAUUGGACAGAACAUAUGACCAGGUAUUGCAAAGGAUACAGGCCCAAGAUAGAGAUCAUGCUGUGCUGGCUCUAAAGGUUCUUGGCUGGAUACAUCACGCUGUGAGGCCGUUAGGCACUCGGGAGUUGCAACAUGCAUUGGCCGUGGAGCCUGGGGAUGCUCAAUUCGACGAAGAUGGUAUACCUGAGAUCAGCCUAGUCUUGUCUGUGUGCGCUGGCAUUGUGACGAUUCGGCAGAACAACAUCAUGGGACUGGUUCAUUAUACCGCUCAAGAGUACUUUGAACGCCGAUCGCUAGAUUUCUUCCCAGAUGCGCAGACGGAGAUUGCAAAGAUAUGUCUCACCUACCUCUCAUUCAACGAGUUCGCACAGGGACCAUCACCUGAUGAUAAAGCCUUUGACGACCGAAUGGAGGUUUGUCCUCUACUACAGUACGCGUCCCAGUACUGGGUUCGUCACGCGCGCGAUAAUCCAGAAGCAGGAAUCAAAGCAUUGGCCUUGGCAUUCCUCAAGCAAGAAUCCAAUGUAGCGUCGUCCAUGCAGGCAUCAGAAGCAUUCAAAUCUCGAUUUACAAUGCAUAGCCAGCAAUUCAGACGCAACGUUCGAGGUUUGUGGGUUACUGCAUCAAAUGGUCUUUACGAUUUAACCGUUACAUUGUUGGAAGAUGCUGCAUCGAUCGAGCCAGAAGACUUUGAGGGCGAAAGGCCGUUGCACCGGGCAGCUAUUAAUGGACACGACGACAUAACACUACUGUUGGUCGAGCAUCAGGCAAACAUCCACGCGAAAAGUAAUUCGGGAGCCACAGCCUUGCAAUGCGCAGCCUCUCACGGGCACCAGCAAAUAGUACGACUACUUAUUGACAAAGGAGCUGACGUUGGGACUUGUGACAAAAAGGGCUGGACAGCGCUACAUUUGGCCGCCUCUAACGGUCACAGAGAUAUAUUGAGACUGCUUUCAGAUCAUGGAGCCGACAUCCAAUUAAAAGAUGGAUAUGGAGCCACCGCCUUUAGAGUACCGUGCAGCUGA